AUGCUUAGAUCAAAGGCUACUAGCAUUUUAAAGAGAACGGAUUUUUCAUCUAUCCUAAGAACAAACAAGAGGUUUGUAUCAACUAUAAAAGAUAUUUCUUUCGAAUCAAGAUCACAAGAUGAUAUCACUCUGCCUGAGAAGCAAAAAUCAUUAUUUGAACAAAAGUUUCAGAAUAAGAAACCCAGUCAAGAUAGACUAAAUGUCAAUGGUUCAAUUGAAUGUUCCUUACAUGGUUUCACUUUAUUAGAUUCGCCUUUGUUUAAUAAAGGUACUGCUUUUACUAAAGAAGAAAGAGAUCAAUUUGGUUUAUCAGGUUUAUUACCACCAAAAGUUAGUACCCUUGAAGAGCAAUUAGAGAGAAAUUAUAAACUUUUAUGUGAAUUGAAAACACCAUUAGAGAAAAAUGAUUUUAUGACUCACUUGAGAAUGCAAAAUAAAGUUUUAUAUUUUGCUAUGGUGAAAAAGUAUAUUAGAGAAUUAGUUCCAAUUAUUUAUACUCCAACAGAAGGCGAUGCAAUUGCUAAAUAUUCAGACAGAUUGAAAAGGCCAGAAGGUGUAUUCUUAAACAUCAAUGAACCGGAAAAAGUAGAAGAAAAUUUAGCUGCAUAUGGUGAUGCUAAGGAUGUAGAUUAUAUUGUCGUAACAGAUUCUGAGGGUAUUUUAGGUAUUGGUGAUCAAGGUGUAGGCGGUAUAAGAAUUUCUGUCUCCAAAAUGGCGUUAAUGACAUUAUGUGGUGGUAUUCAUCCUGGCCGUGUAUUGCCUGUUUGUUUAGAUGUCGGUACCAACAAUCAAGAAUUACUGAAUAAUGAUUUAUACACAGGUAACAGAUUUCCAAGAGUUAGAGGUGAAGCAUAUGAUAAGUUGGUUGACGCAUUUAUCACUGGUGUUAAAAAGCAAUUUCCAAAUGCUAUCUUACAUUUUGAAGAUUUUGGUGUAAAGAAUGCUAGAAGAUUGCUAGAGAAAUAUCGUAAUAAAGUACCAUGUUUUAAUGAUGACAUCCAAGGCACAGGAGCCGUUGUGACAGCAUCAUUAAUUGCUGCCUUAAAACAUACAAACAGGGAUUUGAAGAAGUCAAAAAUUCUCAUAUAUGGUGCAGGCUCAGCUGGUAUUGGUAUUGCCGAUCAAAUUGCAAGCCAUAUGGUUACCCAUGGGUUAUCAUUGCAAGAAGCCAGAUCAAAUAUAUAUCUAAUAAAUAGAAAAGGUUUGAUUUUGGAAUCCAAUGUUGCAACUUCUUCACCUGCUCAGCAUGUUUAUGCUAAACCUGAUCAGGAUUGGGAAGGUGUUGACACUGCCUCAUUGCAAAAUUUAAUUAAACACAUUCAACCUACGUGUUUAGUUGGUUGCUCUACUAAAGCUGGUGCCUUCACAAAAGAGUGUAUACAAGAAAUGCACAAACAUAAUUCUAGACCAAUUGUAUUCCCAUUAUCUAAUCCAACAAGACUUCAUGAAGCAGUACCUGAAGAUGUUAUGAAAUGGACCAACAACGAAGCUUUGGUUGCUACCGGAUCUCCAUUCAAACCUGUAAAUGGCUAUAGAAUUUCCGAAAAUAAUAACUGUUUUUCUUUCCCAGGUAUUGGGUUAGGUUCAAUGUUGGCCAAAGCUUCUAUCAUUUCAGAUAAAAUGAUUUCAGCUGCUGUAGAUGAGUUAGCAUCAUUAUCACCUUUAGAAGAGAACAACUCCAAACCUGGAUUGUUACCACCUUUGGAGGUUAUCACUGAAACGUCCGCUAGAGUCGCUACUGCUGUUUUAUUGCAAGCAUUGGAAGAAGGAACAGCAAGAGUAGAAGAGAAUGAUACUAAGAUCCCACGUGAUUUUGAUGAAUGUCUGGAAUGGGUGAAGGAGUCGAUGUGGCAACCAAUAUACAGACCAAUGACCAAAGUAAAUUAUGAUCCGUCGAUACAUACUCAACAAACUUAA